CAGGAGGGCAGCUAUAGGACAGAGAGAGCACAGGGAAAAGAAAGGAAGAAAGGAGGACACAGAGAAGGAAAGAAAGGGAGUGGGAUAUUUGGAGUGGGGGGGAUAUGAUCUUAGAUAAUGCAUAGCUGAGUGUGGACGAUGGCACCAUGACGAAGAGCUUUGUGGAGACCAAUCCUGACGCCAACACUUCUGAUCCCCCAACCGACUCCAAGGCAGAGGUACCAGAGCAACCGGACCCCUCCAAGAUAGAGGUGGUCUCGGUGACAGACGAAGACCUCCCCAUUGUUGAGACCCCCAACACGCUGAAUGUCAGCCCCCUGGGCAGCAUUGAUGCUGACCCCCAAUCAGAGAACGAACCUGCCAAACCUGAAGAAUCCAAACCUCCGGCUGCACCCAGCCCAACCAUGCCAAUUACCAAGGUGCAGCCCUUCAUGAACGAGGAUGACUUGGAGAAAAGCUGGAAGAGCAGACUGCUGGCUCAUCGUUUAGAGCUGCUCAUCUUCUCCUGCGUCAUCUUGGCUGUCAUUCUCAUUCUUGGAAUCGGCCUCGGAGUUGGUCUGAGCUGUGCCGGGAAGUUUCGUUGUGGCUCUUCGUCUCAGUGCAUCAGCGCCUCGGCUCAGUGUGACGGAGAGGUUCACUGUGACAACGGAGACGACGAGCUCGGCUGUGUGCGUCUGAGCGGGGGGGACUCGGUCCUGCAGGUUCAGAGAGGAGGGGUCUGGAGGACGGUCUGCUCAGAGGGCUGGAACAAUGUGCUCGGGGCCUCUGCCUGCAGACAGCUCGGAUACUCCAGGUACGUGGAGUCCUUCUUCAUCUUUCAGACCUCCAUCGAGCAGGACCUCCAGUUACACCUUGUGUCCAUCAACCUGAGCCAAUCAGAGAUCACUAAGCUGCAGAACGCCACAGCAUCAAGUAAGUCUCAGUGCAGCUCAGGGAUGGUGACCACUCUGAAAUGUCUUGAGUGCGGCUCGAGGCCUCGAUACAACACUCGUAUCGUCGGGGGAAACAUCUCCCGGCUGGGUCAGUUCCCCUGGCAGGUGAGUCUCCACUUCAGCAGUGAACACCUGUGUGGAGGCUCCAUCAUCACCUCACGCUGGAUCCUCACGGCAGCUCACUGUGUGUUUGGGUUUGCAGACCCCUCCAUGUGGGCGGUGCACGUGGGUCUGACAGAGCAGCCAGUGCAUGGAGCUCAGUCUCUGUCUGUGGAGCACAUCGUCUAUCACGCUCGCUACAGACCCAAAGGACUGGACUACGACAUUGCGCUCAUGAAACUGUCCACGCCGCUGGUCUUUAACGGCCUCGUAGAACCCAUCUGCCUGCCCAACCACGGGGAGGAGUUUGCGGAGGGGACCAUGUGCUGGAUCUCAGGAUGGGGGGCGACUGAGGAUGAAGGAGAAACCAGCGUUGUUCUGCGCUCAGCCAUGGUGCCACUCCUCUCAACGAAGACCUGCAACCAGCCCGAGGUCUACCAGGGCUUCAUCUCCGCCUGGAUGAUCUGUGCAGGAUACCUGGAGGGAGGGACAGACUCCUGCCAGGGGGACAGCGGUGGUCCACUGGCCUGCGAGGACUCGUCUGUGAUGAAGCUCGUCGGAGCCACCAGUUGGGGAAUCGGCUGCGCGAUGAGAAACAAACCAGGAGUUUACACUCGUAUCACUCGCUCGCUCAGCUGGAUCAGACAGCAGAUGGAGAGAGAAGAAUCUCGCACUUCUUCCACUCAGAGCUCAGAUAACUGAUCCGUCUCCUCCUCUCUCUGGACUCUGUUGGGACAUUUCCUCUCCUGACACAAGAACUGAAAACACAGAUGAGAAAAGAGACGGAGCACGGUGGAGAGUUAGGCAUCGUUUAUUCCAAAAUAGAAAGCUCUAAGGCAAAACAGACGAGAGAAAAGUGAAGAACGCUUCAUAAAAAGCAAGACAGACGCAAGUAAAGAACGGAGAGCUCAGCGAGGGCCCACCAGGACUCACCACACCUCCUCCGGCUGCUUCAAGUCUCCACUUUACAGGAGGGAGAUAAACCAGAUUACUCAAACUAUGACAGACGACUGGUUUACAGUACAAUAUGACAGAUAUUCAAACAGAGGCACCCCAGCUUGUGCAGAAAUAUCAACAGGUUGAUAAAGAGAUUCCCGGUGGUUCACUACGAGCGUGUAGUGGAGGGGGAGCGACGGAGGCUGCAGCGCUUCAGACUUCAGUCCUCCACGAACCACGAAGAGUCCAACUUCUCCGGCCUGCUCUGUGUGUGAGCGCAGGAGCAUGUACAUAAAUAAAAGUUUAAUGCGUGCAAAAAGUCCACUGCUUCUUGUUGAUGACGGGUUUCCACAUCGGACCCUCGUGAUUGUGUGAUCAGCAUAGUGUUCUGGAUUGUGCAUUUUUGAGAAGUGACGCCUGCAAGACUACUGUAACAUGAUUAAAAAGGACGCACCGCAUGAUAUACACAAUGACGCUAAAACUGGAGCUGCGUUUCAAAACAUCGCAAAGAAAAACACCAACGAUGCUUCGCAGAGCCGCACACACGCUCUGCACUUUAGUGUCGUUUUGACUAUUUCACCAGGCGAGGGUCGGGCUUUCUUUUUGUGCUUCUUGGCAAGAAUCGUUUAGAAAAGAACACACGUAAGGCCUUGUUAGUAUCGUAAGUUUAAAACCAAUUUAAAUAGCAAUUUAUCAGCUUCAAUUCCUUUUUUCUGUUUUUUAGAAAACUUCAAAGAACCCCGGAAAACAGGGUCGCUAUCCUUAAUUAUGAAUCUGUACAUAAAUAUUCCUUACAAAACAGGAGAACACAAAAAAUGGAACAAAAAAAACACUAAUUACAUAUGUUUGUAUAUAAAAAUAAGCUUCUCUCAUUUUUUUUUCCUCCCCCGAAUCUCUCCACGUGGAGUCAGUCGUAAGAGUGCGCACAUCUACUCAAAACACAAGCAUGCAAAAAGUGAGACAAACCCUUACAGAUACAACUUUAAAGUGUUGGCAUCCAAAAUGAGAAUUCAACAGGGGAGCGGGAACCAAUCAGAAAUCAGUCAACAUUAAUAACGGAGCAUACAAACGCUGCUUCUGUGUUUUUUAACACUUCUUUUUUUUUUCUUCCGUUUGUUUGAUUUAAUCUUUUUGAGCUUAAAUAUACAAAAAAAGUGCACUCGCAUACAUCGACUAAAUAAUUAAAAAACGGUUUCUGAAAUGAAACUCGUGAUGUACACACACGCAGCAUAAACCGCCGUUCAGCAGGGUGGAGGGUUGGAAGAGUGCAGGAGCGCCGCCGAGACGUCCUGAAGGUUUGUGCUCAGUGUAAACCUAAUGUGUGUGUGUGUGUGUGUGUGU